AUGAAAGCCAUGAAGAAUAUGGGCAUGAAUCGCAUGUUGGGUUCACUGAAGCGAUCCAAAGAUUCUAAUGAAGAAACUGGAGAUCCUCAACACGAUACACCCGAAGCAAAUGCAGCCAGAAAUAUUCGUUUGUUCUGCGAAUCUGGGGGUCCAAAUGGAUCGGGUGAGGAAGUGGGUUAUCUGCCUGCGAUAGUUGAAGCCGCAGAAUCCUCCCCGGGAGCUGCGAAAGAAUGCGCCUACCAUAUUCGAAAGUUCCUCUCCAAGGACAACCACAGCAAAGCCUACGUACAAUACAAUGCGAUAAUGUUAAUUCGAAUUCUGACCGAUAACCCUGGAAUGACCUUUACGAGGAAUAUCGAUGCGAAGUUUGUACAAACAGUCAAGGAGCUUCUGAGAACUGGAAGAGACCCAAGUGUCAAGCAGAUAUUGAUGGAAACUUUGAUCACAUUCACGAGAGACAAGGCAAACGAUGAAACAUUGGCCCCUCUAAUUGAGAUGUGGAAAAGAGAGCAAGAGAAAAUGAUGAAAUUAGCAGCAAGUUUCCCCAAGCAUUAUGGUCGAUGGAUUUUCUCUUCUAAUACAUCACAGGGUCCCGCCGGUCCCGCCGGUCCGCGAACCCUCGCCGCUCCGCCCUUUGAUCCUAAUGCGCAGAAUUACUUUGGACGAAACCACCAUACUCAUCGCCUCCCUCCUCCACAUGAACUCUCGUCCCGUAUCGAAGAGGCACGCACUUCCGCAAAACUCCUCUCCCAAGUCGUACAAUCUACGCCUCCUUCCGAACUCCUUGCUAAUGACCUCAUCCGCGAAUUUGCUGAUCGUUGUCAAUCUGCAAGCAGAAGUGUACAAGCAUACAUGGUUUCGGAGAAUCCAGCACCAGACAACGAUACUAUGGAAACCUUGAUCGACACCAAUGAACAAUUAAGUAAAGCUAUGAAUCAACAUCAAAGAGCAGUGCUACAUGCGCGGAAACUUAUGGGGCUUGGGAAUGGAGAUAGUACUCCUCCGACUGGAACAAGCUCGGGAUUUACACCACCACCUGGUCCGCCACCCAAACAAGUUUCCAAACCUGUCCCAAGUAAUGGUAAGAGAUCAGUGCCACCGAUUCCUCCACCAGGAGAUAUCGCGCCUAUGGAUGACGAGGACGAUGAACGAAACCCUUUCAGUGACCCAGAGCCAAACUCAUCAAGGAAACCACCGUUCCCGUCUGAUGCGCCACCGAAAACAACUGGUCAGUUUAAUGAUACUCUUGGUGUCGAACCAUAUCACCCUGGAUUCAAAGAAACCAAGAGCUAUGUCGGAAGGCAAGAUAGUAGUAUAGGCAAUGUUACAAUGCAUGCUGCAGUCAACGAGCAGGUAUCAGAUGAUGAGGACGACGAGCCAAGAUACUCAGUAGCUCAGGGUAAACAACCUGUCUAUCGAUACUAG